AUGUACGGACUGGAGCUAUUGACAGAUACUUUUCAAGUCGAGAAUUACGACGAAGAAGGCCAUGACAAUUUGGAUGCCUCUUUGUCUCACAAUGUCCCAGAUAUCGAGGUCAUAGUUAUGCCCAAUAGCGCGGUUGAGAGGGCUGUUGAGGGCCAUACUUUCAUGUCUCUAUAUCCUAUGUUUACCAACGAACAUGGCAUCGCAUCUUUUAGAUUAGCUGCUCGCUUUACCAUGCGACCGGCCGAUGAACUGCAGCGCUUAGGAUAUCCACAAUCCGGCAAAACUUGCAUUCGCCCCAGGCCAAAAUCCGACCAUGCUUGA